AUGACAGUCCACGUGGAGUACCUGGGCAUGUAUGAUUUUGUGCCCUCUGAAGCGGCCGCCAUUGUAUUUGCGAUUCUCUUUCUUAUCACCACAAUUUUACAUUAUUACCAGGCCUUCCGCUGGCGGGUGUGGUUCUUCAUCCCUUUCCUUAUCGGAUGUGCCUGUAAGUUGCUUGUUCACGGGCCACAUCCUCUUUCUCUCAGCAAGCUAACCACCAAUCUGUCCCUUAUAGUCGAGGUCAUUGGAUACAUAGCGCGCGCAAAAUCUUCAACCCAGUAUCCAGACUAUAACAUCGGCCCGGAGCUCAUUCAGUACAUCCUAAUUUUAGUUGCCCCGGCGCUACUAGCAGCAAGCAUCUACAUGGAAUUUGGCCGGCUUAUGAUCAUGGUCGAAGGGGAACAAUACUCCAUCAUUCGGCGCGCUUGGCUCACCAAGAUCUUCGUCCUAGGCGAUGUCAUAUCCUUCUUUGCACAGUUCAUCGGCGCCGCAAUGCUCGCCAAAACCACGACAGCUAGUAAAGGCCAAACGAUCAUGAAACUCGGUGUCCUUGUGCAAAUCGUCUUCUUCGGGCUCUUUCUCGUCACGAUAAUUAUCUUCCAUAAGCGUCUCACGAAAUAUAAAUCCCGGGCAUACGGGCUUGUGCCGUGGCGGAAGCAUCUGCUGGCAUUAUACGCGACAGGCCUAUUGAUCUUCGUGCGGUCGAUCUUUCGGUUCGCAGAGUUUGUAGAGAGCUCUGAUGGUCCUCUGACGCGGUAUGAGUGGGUGUCGUAUGUGUUCGAUGCGGUGAUGAUGUUGGCGACGUGCGCGAGUAAGGGCGCGAGGGAAGGAAGAAGCGGGUGGAUGGCCUUCAUUUUAGGGCCCAGUUUGCUAGAGAUGCUUGGAAGUCUCUUCCCAUACAACAUUCCUCAUAUUCAGAAAGGGCCACCUGGGCCCAGUUCUGCAAUACCCGAACAUUCGAACGACAAGAUUUCACCCGUCCCGUCAGCCUUACCCCUAUCUCCACUGUCAGCCUCAAACCGCGUCUCAGCAGCGACCAAUGGUCCUCAAAUUGACACCCGACUCCUGGAGGCAACCCUGCUCCACCACUACUACACUAACACCCAUUCAACACUGGUCGAGGAUGAGAACAGCCGGCUCGACUGGCAAGUCAACCUGACGAAAGUAGCAAGCACGCAGUCGUUCGCCUUAGACAGUCUCCUGGCUUUUACCGCCCUGCAUCUCGCUUACCUCGAACCUAACCGAAGACAAGCCUGGACUCUAGUGGCUUUCAACUACAGUGACAAAGCAUGUUCCAUGCUGUCCCAGGUUAUCGGCCGGCUAUCCGCUGCCACAGCCGACGCCGCUAUAGUCUGUUCCAUAUAUAUCGUUUUGUUUGCCAUUGCACAGUACCGCUUGUGCCGCCCAUCAACGAGUUACCUGGAUGAGGUCUUGCGCAUUGCGAAGUUAAUCCGCGGCUGUGUCUUGUUGAGUCCCAAGUCAAACCUGUUCAGUCGGUUUUCUGAGAAGGGGACAGACCAUGAAAGAGCUCCGUUACACAACAGUUCGCAAGAUGUAGUGAACCAAAAGCAGCGAAGAGCCUCCAAGAUAUACAGAUAUGGGCGCCAUCCUCCUCUGGCCGCUCUUCUUCCCAGAGACCUUUGUGACUCUGCUACAGGAACGAGACCUGAUCGCACGCGUGAUCUUCCUGCUUUACCCGCUGACAUUGCACUUCCUCAAGGAUACGUGGUUUUCCUCUCUAUCAACUCCUCUGCAAUCCACCUAGUACAGUACAGCUCCGAAAGACAGGCCUUUAUUGCGAGACUUCCAAAGGGAAAUCACACCGACGGGUGGACUUAUUGGUACACGAACAGCUGUCAGGUCGCCACAAGCACCACCGGAACAAUCUCCGUGUUGCUUAAUAUGAGACGAGCAACUUGUCAAGAUAAGCAAGAGCUGUCCGUUCUCAACGGAUUUCCUUCGUCGACUGAACGCCAGUCACAUGCAUCAAUAUGCGUGGCGAACUGA